UCCAACGCCAUCCAGCCUCGCCGCCACUGCUCGCUCCAGCGCCGCCGCGGCCGUGCUCCCGCUCCAUCCAGGCGCCUCUCCACCACUCACACCUCCAACCACGCCGUGCCGUCGGCCCGUCUCUACUCAGACUGCAAAACCGCCCAGCCCAGUAGCGCACGUCCUGUCAGUCACUCAGUCCUUGCCGGCGACGGCGUCACUCUCGGCGAGGCGUCGGCCGCUGCCGGCGGGUGCAGCUCCCUCCGCGCGUAGGCACAGGCACAGCGUAAGUCUGCAGACCUCCGCUCCUCCGGCCUCCAGGUGAACUCCCUCCCCUCUACGCGCAGAUAUGCCCCUCGGGGGCGCGCCUCCUUCUUAUCCCCUGCCCUCCGCGCCCGCCUCUCUCUGUCUCCUCCUUCCCUUUCCCCUCCCUCCCAACGCCAGGCUUGCCCUCCCCUCUCCGCGUCGCCUCCCGUCCAGGAAUCCGCCACGAAGGGGGCCAAAUCCAAGGGCGCCGCCAAGGCCGACGCCAAGUUGGCCGUGAAGAGUAAGGGAGCGGAGAAGCCGGCCAAGGGCAGGAAGGGAAAGGCCGGCAAGGACCCCAACAAGCCCAAGAGGGCGCCCAGCGCCUUCUUCGUCUUCAUCUUAUGGAUUUGCCAGGUCCGAGAUGGAAGAAAGGCAAGGACGGCAAGAACUUUGCCGCUCUCGCAGCAACCAAUCCCAUGUCGACGAUAGUUGCUGAGCUCCAGGCUUCUUUGAGAGACGCAGAAACUGUGGCCAUUUUAUCAGGGGAUGGCAAAUACGCGAUUCUUGCAGUUGGAGCACACCAAGCCGCACUUCUAAACCGUGCGGCCUUUGGCCGGGCUGUGGACAAUACAGGCGAUGAGAAGCUAUGGUUCCAGCUGGGCCCCGAGGAGAUGUUCUUUCUUUGCCAUGCCCUCAGGUGCAUCACAGUUGAAUCGGAGAACAAGAAGCAGAUGGGUGAAGGGGAGCUGUGGGAUCUCUUGACCUCCACCUCAGAGCCAUUCCCGGAGAUGUACAAGGCGUAUGAACACCUUAGGUUGAAGAAUUGGGUUGUAAGGUCAGGAUUGCAGUACGGUGCAGAUUUCGUAGCUUACCGUCACCAUCCAGCACUUGUUCACUCGGAAUUUGCAGUAAUCGUAAUUCCAGAAGGCAAAAUGUUUGGUGCUCGAUGUGGCCGCAUGAAGGUGUGGCCUGAUCUACUCUGCGCGCUUCGGGCUUCUGGAAGUGUGGCCAAGACAUUACUUUUUCUGACCAUCAGCACCAUGAACUGCGAGGUGAGAUCGUCUGAUUGUUUGGAACAGCUGAUUGUUCAUGAGAGGAUGAUCAACAGAUGGAUACCGCAGCAGUGCCGUGAGCAACAAGACAAACCACGCAGAGAAGAAGCCCACAGGGAUGAGCAAAGACAAAAACAGUGCAGAGAAGAAGCAAUUAGGGAAGAACAAGAGGAUACGAGAGAGGGUGUAGUAUUUAGCUAUUGGGGUGUAAUACUAAGCUUUACAAUUCUUUCUAGCUUACUUGUCUACAAGCUCAAACUUUGACUGAAGAGCUUAAUAUUUCUGUAUGCUCAUGUUGGUAAACGUGAAUUUUCUGUCCUAUUGAAUCCUAUGAUGGUACUUUGUGACCCUCGUUGAGGUCUCUAGA